GAAGUGACGCGUUCCGUCACUCCACCCCUUUGUUUAUUUCUUCCUUUCUAAAGCCGGACCCGUUCGCCGCUGGUCGGUCGGUCGCCGCCAUGGCUCUGGAGACGGUGCCCAAAGACCUGCGUCACUUGCGGGCCUGCCUGCUCUGCUCGCUUGUGAAGACCAUUGACCAGUUUGAGUUUGAUGGUUGUGACAACUGUGACUCCUACCUGCAGAUGAAGGGGAACCGUGAGAUGGUUUACGAUUGCACCAGCUCUUCCUUUGAUGGCAUUAUUGCCAUGAUGAGCCCUGAGGACAGCUGGGUCUCCAAGUGGCAGAGAAUCAGUAACUUCAAGCCCGGUGUGUAUGCAGUGUCUGUGACUGGCCGCCUACCCCAAGGCAUCGUCCGGGAACUGAAGAGUCGCGGUGUGGCCUACAAGUCUCGGGACACAGCUAUAAAGACCUAAGGAGGAGACGUUCCACCCACCCCUCAGUUGAUGCCCACACAGGCCUCCAUUUCAGAAGAGACUCCCGCUCAGAACUGGCCUAACGUUAAGAAACAAAGAUCUCUUUGUGGGUGUGGGGUCUUUGUCUGGGGAUCAAGAGUGGACUGACUGCACCAUCCUCCUCCCUGCUAGCUGAGCUAGAGAGGGGCCUUCCUGAGACGUUGUAA